CAGCUUCCAGCCACUUUCAGUGCUGCGCAAAGUGUGCUACAAAGCAGACGAAUACUUCAAGAGAUCAUGCUCCGAAACCUCCUCUUACUGGGUUUGUUGGUGGGCAGUUCCCUGGCCAUUUCACCGUUCCCGGAACUACAGCAACAGUUUGCCGAUCAUAGCCGCGAGGUGGAACCACAGCUGCAGGAGUUCCGCCAGGAGAACAAUGAAGUUCGGCUGGAUCUGAGCCACUGGAUCGUUCGGGAGAUUGGAAACUUGACGCUGGAGAUGCGUCGGAUUACCGACGAGACCUGGACGUACAUCGAGAACCACGAAGAUGUGAACGAGGAGUGCCUGGUGGAUUUGAGGGAUCUGUUCGAUUACUACGUGUGGAUUGGCGAGCUGGACAUCAUGUACUGCGCUGAGGACAUGGACUACUACAUGCGGUACGAUGCGACCUAUCGGUUCAAUCCACGGAUCGGGUUCAUGCAGCGAGAGAACAGUCGAGCGGUCUACCAAACGGUGCAAUCAUUAGGACGGAACCAGUUCCUGGACAACAUGGGCGACACGACGAGCGAACUGCAUGAAGAGCUCGACUACUACCGUAACCUGUGGGACGGAUAUCAGGGACUGCUUCGGGAUGAGCUGAAGGCGAUGGAACCGUUUGCCGAAGAUGUUCAAAACGAGAUGUACUCAUGGCAGACCUACGCGAUCGAUUGGCACCAUAUUUUCAUGAAUUGGGCCAUCGAGGACAUCGAGUACUACUGUGGAGAUUGGAAUAAGGCUUAGGGUUCAGUUUAUGUAAUGUUGCACUAAUAAAUAAUUAGGAACCGCUCA